GCUGUGGGGGAGAGGCCCAGCGCGGAGCUGUGGGGGAGAGGCCCAGCGCGGAGCCGGGCUGAUGGCGGAGCCGGGUUGGGAGGUGGCGGAGGUGGAGGCGGAGCGGGCGGCCGCCGAGCUGUGCUGGGAGCGGAUCUGUGCCGAGCUGCCGCCCGGCCGCUCCUCUCCGGGGCCCGGGGCCCUGUGGGAAACCUUCACCCCCAUCCCGGCCUCCGAGACCCUCGACCAGGACAUCGCGCGGCCUCCCCCCCGGGCCCGGGCCUGGGCCCCACUGCCCGACUCCCAGCGACACCUCCUCGGCCUCGAAAACCGAUUGAGGAAAGUGAAGGGCCUGAACCAGGAGCCAACGUCCAAAGAGAUGCUGCAGUGCCUGGCCCAGGCCAGGAAGGAGUGCUGGGACCGCUUCCUCCAUGACCAGCGAGACUCUGACAUGUUCAGCGAUGGCUGUGAUGUGGAUGACAGGGCCAUUGAUCUCUUCAAACGCUGGCUCCAGCCGGACAAGAUUCCAAUCAGCGCAGAAGAAAUUCAGUUCCUGAUCAACCCAGAAGCUUACGUGGACAGUCAGGAGGAUGAAGGCAGCUGCUCGGGCUGUGAGCAGUAGAGAACAGCUUCACUCAGUGUUGAACAGCCGUCCCACACCCAGCCCCUUAUUCCCAACGCAUUACACUUGCUUCUGUUUUUAAACAGACAGCAAGCAUCGUAAGGGUAAAUGGUUAAAGGAAAAUGACUUGUUGAACAGAUGUGAAUCUAGACCCUGAUCUGCUUUUGCCGUGAGAAUGGAGUUAAUGAUGUUCUCCGAGAUGUACCUGUGUGUAUACGCCGAGAGUACUCAGGAUUCGGUGUUUACUGUAAACACUAGGCUGUGAGCAGCUAUUCUGUCUUCUCAAUGAAAAUUUGUAAACCCCGGAUCUGAGUCACAUCACAGGCUGGUACCAGCCCCCCCACCCCCACACACAAACACACACACGCACUGACUGGCUUUGUGGAUAUGGAAGCAAUGUGGAAAUUGAAUAUGUGGUGUUUCUCUAACUCUUCCCUUUGUGUGUGUAUGUUUUUCUCACUCUUCUCUGUUUCUCUAAUUAAGU